UUGGGCACACCGGCCGGCACGGCAGUCCAUACUAACAAGCAUUCUUGCUCCCAGCUAAAAAGCUGAUCUCAGUUAUCAAACAAUAAAUAGUGAUUCAAGAUGGAUGAUCCUCGAUAUGAUCCCCGUAUGCUGGCCAAAUAUGGAUUUGAUCCUGAACAAGACAGGCGUCACAGGCAACUGCUGAUCAAGGAGCUGACGAAGGUACGCCAGGAUGCCCGGGAGAAGACGGAAUUCGAUGAUUUGCCCCUGAAGGAAUUGCGCGAUAACUACCACAGUCUGUAUGCCGAGGCAUGCAAAGACAUGGAGAAGAUACGAGAUCCCACUUAUUUGGAGCUACUUCAAUAUAUAAAGGGUCAUCUCCACCCUGAUGAGUUCAAGUCGAUCCGCAUCGAGGUGUAUGCGGCUUGCAACAAGAUCUCCAUGCAGCAGGCUACAUUGGACAAGAUAGCUCACCUAGUGGUGCUGCACGAGCCUUCGUCAUAAGAAGGUCGAAGAAAAAAAUAAAAAAAUUUUACCGCGAUCUGCUCUUCAUUAACGCUGUCAUCUGGUGUCAACUAGCGUCGGAUCAACAUUAUACAUUCAAAAUAAUAUCUACACACCAAUAUGUACCUAAAGAAACUCAACCAUUUAAACAUACGAGCGGCCUACCUACCAACGGCAGAGACAUCUGCUGCCGUCGACACGGUGCCGGCGGCAACCGCUGACGCGUCUACAGCAGCAGUCGACAGAAGAUGAAAUGUCGACAGCUGCCUCGACGCAUCAACGGCAGCAGUUGCUUCCGCCAUUAGCAACUUGUCCCUCUUGUCUACAAGCUCUUGUUUUCUUCAAAACAAAAUUACUAUAAACACCUUAACCUUUGCAAAAAUCAUCCAAUCAAUAACAUCUUAUUCGAUUUUUGAAAAAUUACCUUCCUAACUUAUUACGGCAAUCUUACUAACAAUAGGGUAAAAAAUCGUUUAGUUCCAAAGUCUUGUUUGUGCUAGUAACCAAAAUAUAUAUUUAAAUCAAAUGGAACAGAAAAAAGAAAAUAUUAUAAUAUAGCGCAUUGACAUACGACAAAAGUAAAACACAAGGAUGUUGAGAAAAAGUCGGACACAGUCAUUUGAAACAUCGACCGUGGCACCUAGCUACUACAGAAUGUCACAUAGAACACAUAAAUAAACCAGUGACAUAUUGGUGCUUCAACCAUUUCUAAGUGAAAGGCCGCCAUUUUUUCAACGUCCUUGAAAUAAACAUUACAUUUUGACUGAAGAUUGGUUACAUGCACAAGUUGUAGAUGGCGUUAAGUAAGAGCACACGGUAUAAUUCCAAGCGAGGCUAAUACAUGUGCGUUAACUUUAUGUUAUAUUAAUCUAUAUUUGAUUAUAUUAAGUAUAUGAUAACUUAGUUAAAUUGUAUUACAUUUAUGUAAGUUGCGUUACUAAUUUGUUGUUAUAAGUAAAGUUUAUUUUUUUUGUUAAACGUUUCAAAUGAUAUAUUUAAAAACGAUGUGUAGAACAGGGUUUCCCAACCUAGUUAGCUAUUUAUCAUUUAUCUAUUUUGGUUUCCAUGUUUAUCGUUUUUGUAAAGGCGAAGCCUUCAAGAUUAUACAGAUCUUACUCUGAGAAACCUUAAAUUAGUGUUCCGUCAAUAAAAUAAGAUUUUAUCUCUUAAGUGUUGUGUUUAGUAGAUCGUUGCUUAGGUACUAACAUAGCGAUAUUUUGGGCAAUUAUAUUACUAUGGUCACCAUCAAUGAUACAAUAUAACGUUAAGAACAGCUAGCCAAGAAUUCUAGUUUGGGUCUCCAAAUUGAGGCCAAGAUAAAAACUGCAGGAAGAUUAGUAAUAGGUCGCAUCAUCGCUUACCACUAGCAGUGCGAUUCUGUAAAGGUGCUCCUACACAGCAGUUGUAUAUCUUUAUACCACAUCGUGUAACACGACAACAUCGUGAAGUAUACUCCACAACAUGUCAAGUACUACAACUUUUAUUAAAAUUUGUUUAAUAACAAAUAUUGAGUCAGUCUCUAACGUUAUACAACUGCUAUGUAGGAGCUUAACAUUAUUCAAUACUGAAGCUUGAAAGAACUAUUUCGAAAGUAAACUCACUUGAAGUCGAUUCCGUAUUAUUUAAACAAUUAAUAAGACGUUUCGAGUCUCACUUUGCUUCGAUAUGGUUCGUACUAAUUGUUUAUAGAAUAUGGAACCGAAUUCAAAUGGAUAUACUUUCAAAAUAUUUCUUUCGAGCUUCGAUAUCGAAAUGGUGUUACAGAAUCGCACUACAGGCGAGAUAGUGACAAAACGCCACCAUUAAAUAAGGGAAUAUUCACUAUGCUGUAUUAACAGCAAAUUUAUACAAACAACGAACUGUUUUUACACCAAAAUAAAUAAACUUUGUUUCCGCUGUGUUAGUAAAUAAGUAGUGAUAAAAUUGGUCUUACAUUGUAUGCCAAAUGUUAGAUUUAAGUGAAAGGGUAUGAGGGAUGUUAUUGACUUUAUUAAACAUCCGAGGUUUGAGUCCAGUGUAUACACAAAUGCCAUAUAAAUUGGACGAGUAAGUAGGAACGGAGUAUGGCGUUAACAGCUUUAAAAUAUUUUUGUCGAAUGUCAGUGUUAAUGUCUUGAAUUAACUUUUGCUAUUUAUUUGUUCUUAAUGUUAUUGUCCAGCGUUGUUCUGACAAAGUAAGAAUACCGUUACUAAUACACUAAAAUAGCAUGCUAAAAGGUGCUGUUGAGCAUGCACAAAAAUGUUCAAACGUCGAAUGUCAGUCGAUUCUCAAACAUACUUGAAAUGGCCAUGACAAUUUUGUGCCACAUUCUGAGACUCAUACUGCUCAGAGACAAUUGCACAAUAGGUCCAUCCUUUCGUGUUUGAAAUAAGCAAGUGUACCUUAUCAUCGAAAUUUUGAGAAGAGCAACACAACUUAUGAAGUACUAGCUUUUACUUGCGGCUUCGCUCGCGUCACAAAAGGAUAAAAAGCCAAUGUGACAUAUA